ACAGUGGCAUGACAUGCUUAUGUAAUACGCUAGACAGUGGCAUCGAUAUAACUUUUCAAUUUACUACAGACUGGCGCAGUAAUAUACCAACAGCUGUCAUGUGACGAUUAUGGCUUCGAAAAUAAAUAGACGAAAACAUUUCGAAAUUGAACCGAUCACUUAUUCGAUGUGUCACAUUUGAACUCUAAGAAUAAUUAAAAGAGCACAUGUUAUGAAUUUAAUAUUACAUGGUUCAUUCGAAUGCAUGUAGUCUAGUGGACGUUUUGCUCUUUGGUGAAAAGAAGUCCCCUGUGUCAGAGACUUGUAUAUCACAUACAAGUCUCUGCCUGUAUCGAUCGUUUUCAUGGAAACAUACAUCUACGCGAUCGCUUGAUCAACUGCGGAAGUGCAAAAGAUCGGUUCUCAAUUCAAACUAGUUUUUCAUAAAUUCAUAUCUUGAAAAUUCCCUCGGAGAUUCGUUUCUUGGGAAAGUAAAAAGUGCAUGUAGUUUCGUUUUCCGUACAUAGUGGUAGAUAAUAGUAGAGGAGCUCUGAAUGGUCAAGUACUUUCGAUACUUUUCUGAGUUUUUCCUUAAAUUCGCCAGAGUUUGUAACUUUAUCGAUUCCUAACUCUAUGAGAGGAAAAAGAAACAAAACAUCAUAUCGUGGCAUUCAAUUUUUACUAUGCCUCCUAAACGUAAACGUGUAGUUGUAGCUAAGCAACCGAAAUAUAUUCCUAUGCCUCCUAAAUGUAAAAGUUCAGAAGACGCAGCUAAGAAGAAACCUAAGACUACAAAGAGACCUGCAAAGAAAGGAAAGGGGGACGAUAAAGGUCCAACAUCGUCGAAGAAAGCUAAAGUGACCGCUGUGGCAGACAAAAAUACUUCGGUUUUGCCAGCUGGAGGAUCUGCAGGGAGCUUAGACCUGUCAUCUUACCUUACAGACGAGGCCUGGAAAUGUGAACUCAAGGAUGUGUUUACUAAAGACUACUUUAAAGAUAUCGAGGCAAACUUAGUGAGAGAUUACGCAGCUAGGACACAAGUGUUCCCUCCUAAAGACUUAAUCUUCAAGGCAUUUAAUCUCACACCGUUUGACAAGGUAAAAGUUGUCAUUAUUGGACAAGAUCCAUACCAUGACUCUGGGCAGGCCAUGGGAAUGGCAUUUUCUGUACCACUGGGAACAAAACCACCACCGUCGUUGAAGAACAUAUAUAAGGAGUUAACCAAUGACAAGAAAAUCACAAACUUUGAGACCCCUACUCACGGAAAUUUGGAAGAUUGGGCAAAGAGAGGAGUGUUUCUACUAAAUGCUACGUUAACUGUUGAAGCCCACAAGCCUAAUUCACAUUCCAAAUAUGGUUGGCAGAAGUUCACCGAUCAAGUCAUCCGAAUUAUCAGUAAGAACUGUUCUGCUGUUGUGUUCCUUCUUUGGGGCAACUUUGCCCAUAAAAAGGAGAGUUUGAUUGAUAAAAAAAAACACUCCGUAAUCAAAACAGCUCAUCCAUCACCAUUGUCAUAUAAAAAGUUUGAGAAUUGUAAGUGUUUCUCUUUGGUUGACGAAGCACUAAUGAAGAAAAAACAAGGCAAAAUGGACUGGUCGCUAUAAUAAAAAUUCUGCAUUGUUGAAUGAAAGGCAGUUGAUCGUGAAUAUAGAAUGGGUACCAGAGAUAAAAGAUCGACACAAUACUUCAUUAUGAGGAUGGCUAUAUAUAUUGUUUUAUCUGUAGUCAAUACAAACAGGAAGUACAUUACACUAUAACACUUUUUGCUACGUUGUAUGUCACGGUUCUACGGAGUACAAUCUACAAAAACUGUUAAGAAUCUCAAAGCCAUCAAAAGCUUACUGAAAACAAAGAAUUGUUGUUCCAAUAAAAACAAAACUGCAGUCCAGGUGACUGACAGCAACAAUUAAAGGAGGUGGUGCAUAGGAGGGCUAAAUCGGCCCACGGCGUUUUUUUUCCUGGAAACAUAUUUUUGUCAAAAGCAUAAUAUCCCCGAUUAUGUGGGAGGA